UACGCCUUUAAAAUGUUCUCCGUGCACGCUUACGAUUCUGGCUUCACCUUUUGGUUGUUGGACCAAGACCCGUCGCCCUUCCUUCGAGAGGAAACUCGCACUGACGUAGCUAGCUAAAGAAACCAGAGCAGACGGACACCAGUGUUAACCUUCUUAUGUACUGCCUCUAUGGUGUUAACUAGGCGCGUUAAUACCACUGUUUUACUGAAUCUCUCACAUUCCUGUCACCUACAUUAUCUGCGUUUGGUUGACUGUAGGGCAGACAGGAAAAACACAGAUACCGAGAGCUAAAGACGAGAGGAAAAUUAAGCGGUGUGAAACCUGGGCUUUGGCAUGGCUGAUCUCCUGAGGCUGCUGCUCCGGGUGGCUGAGAAAGCUGCCAAUGUGGCUCGGGUGUGCAGGCAGGAGGCUCCCCUCUUUCAGCUCCUGGUACAAGAGAAGACCGGAGAUGACAAGAACAAGAAGUUUGUUCAGGACUUCAAGACGCUUGCGGACGUGGUGAUCCAGGAGAUGAUCCGACAUGAUGUUGGUGCUCAGUUCCCUGAGAUGGCUAGCUACAUUCAUGGAGAGGAGUCCAACAAGUUUGAAAAUGGGCUUGGAGAGAGUGUGACGGUCACAGUGUGCGGCACAGAGAAGGAGACUGCGGCGCUGCUGGCCACGGUGCUGGACGGUGAUCACACAGCGGCGUCUCUGCUGGCUCGAGCCAUCCACCAAGACCCAGCAACCAUCGACGCCAACACAGACGGUCUGACGGUGCCCCUCAGCCUCUCUGAGCUCGGCAUUUGGAUCGACCCCAUAGAUGCCACCAGCCAGUACAUAGAGGGCCGAGAGGAGGUGCUGGAGGAGGGCCACCUGUCUCCUUCAGGCCUGCACUGUGCUUUGGUCCUAAUCGGGGUUUAUCUCCGGAGCACAGGCGAGCCCGUCAUGGGUGUCAUCAACCAGCCGUUCAGCUACAAAGAUCCAGCAGGUGGAGGCUGGAGGGGGAAGCAUUUCUGGGGGGUGUCCUGUGGCGGCCUCAAUGCCAGCUCAGUCCCCCGGCCCAAAGAUGCACCUGAAGGGGGGCUGUCUGUGGUGCUGAGCUCCAAUGAGAAGCAGGUGGUAAAGGAAGCCCUGACCUCGCUGUGCGGCCCUGACAAGCUGAUGUACGCCUCCGGAGCCGGCUACAAGAUCCUGUGUGUCAUUCAGGGCCUGGCGGAUGUUUACGUCCUCUCAGAGGGCAGCACCUUUAAGUGGGACUCCUGCGCUCCUCACGCCCUGCUCCGAGCCCUCGGAGGGGGAGUGGUUGACCUGACUAAGUGUCUACAAUCCAGCCCUGGAGCACAGGAUCAGCACACAGAACUGACCUAUCACCAGCCGUACCCCGGAGGUAGAGGAGCAGACCGCUGGGCUAACCAUGGCGGCCUGGUGGCUUAUCGAGACUGUUCUCAGCUUCACAGCAUCAUCGCUCCUCUGAAAGGCAAGCUGUAGUUGAAAGAGCAGUGGAUGUAAUCAGCACAAGCUGAAGCAAUUAUUGUUGCAUAUGCUCAUAUUCAUGUUUUCUAUAUUAGUAGAGCGAGAAGGAUGGGGUUACAGGAUGAACUAUUUUAAAUAUAAAUAAUGUCUUAUUUUGAAUCAUAUAUUUGCAAGUGUUAUGAGAUGAACAUCUGUUCUGGGCAAAAUGUUUUGAAAAACUUGGAAAAGAGAUAGUUUAUGUUGGCAGUAUUGUUACCAGUUGAUGAAAAUUCAAACUAUUGAUGUGUCAGGGAGUGAAGGUCAAAGGGUGGAGUGACAGAAAUAAUUUGGGAACCACCGAUCUACGUACAUCAUGCCAGAUGUGUGGGACUUGCGAUACACAGCAGAAAGUUCCAACAAUCCCGACAAUGUUACUCGCUCAGUUGUACUGUUAACUUGUAUGAGGGACAAGCUGUAGAGCUGCGAAGAUUCAAUAUUUCCUCCUUGCAGCUAAAACAAAGUAAGAAAGCAUUAUUGGGAAUUUUGUCGAGCUCAGGCCUGAUAAGCACUUAUUAAACGUAGCUAAGCUGUGUAACAGUUUGUCUACAUGCAUGAAGAACUGUCAUGAAGAAACGGGGCUCACUGCUGGACAGCUGAGGACUGCCAGAGAAAAGGUAAUGUGGCAUCACAAGACUGCUUCUGACUGAUCGUAAGGGUUUUUCUUGGACUUAAGCAGUCUAAAUUGUAGUUAUAAACAAUGACCUUACAAUUUUUCUACCCUACCUAACCUGUAAAAUGUUAUAAGUUAAAUGAGACCCAAAUCAAGCCGUGUGCAGCAAUCUGCACCUCUCUGAAACCACUCCUUUUAAGGAGCAAAGGGAUUGAUGUGUCCUGUCCUCGCUCCAUGGCCAUAACACCAUUAGUUAAUAAGGUCAGAGAAUGGAAAAGCCAUGUGAGGUAAAACAGACACAAAGCCCUUUUCAGUGAGGGUUUACAGCAAAAUGAAAUAUUGAAGGAUGGGACCUCUGCAGGCUAACCUGCUCCUCUAAAGGACUGAAACAGAUUCUUAUUAAGAUGUUUGUAAUGACACAUGUACCCUUACUUUCAUUGUCACUAUGUGUUUAAAAUGGUGUAACUUUUGAUAUUCAUUGUUGAAUAGCUGAGAAAUGAUUUAUGUAUGGGCCUACUGAGCAUAAAACAGAAAAGCAAUGUG